AUGGGUACUAAUGGUAAUGGUCGCCGAGGCGGCGCCAAAUUGCCUGAUGUGCGCCGUCCUAUGGAAGAAGGAGAAUGUGUGAGUCUGAACGAUGAAAGCCCCGAAUUAGAUUUCGUUUAUGAUGAUUGUGAUACUCAAGCGAAUGAAAUUGCAGAACUUUACAGCUAUACAGAACAUCCAGAAUUUCAGCUUAAUGUAAAGGCAUUUGAAGAUAUAAUGGAAGAAUUCAAUUUUCCUCCUAGCUGGCAAAGGCUUACAAAUAAACAACAACGCACUGUCGUAAUGAAGCUACUGGAACAUCUUGAUGUCGCUGUAACUGAAAUACGUAUGAGAGCCACCCGGUGUAUUUUAUACCUAGCUCAGGGCUGUUGGGCUGAGAUGCAAUCUGAUGCGGAACAAGCUCAUUGGGCUCGUCUUAAUAUUAUGACUUUGUAUGAUAUGGGAUCAUUUGCAGCCUUUGUUGAAUUAUUAAAUCUGGAAAUCGUCAGAAGCAAUGCUGCUGUAGCAUCUAGAAAGCUUGCUGAAUCUUUAGCAGACUCUACUAAUUUAAGAGUCAUUUUGUCUGUAUUAUAUCUUAUAACAGAGCAUAUGAGAACUGAAAAAGAAAACCCAGAUUCGGAAUAUAAACAUUUAGUGAAAAUGUUUAAAGAGGAAAUAGGGACACCAUUUGGAGAAGAAUUACUUCCAGUAAAACUUCUUGGUAUGGUAACACAGUUAUGUGCUGGUACAACUCCACAUUUUCCUACUAAAAAGGUUUUAUUAUUAUUGUGGAAAAUACUACUUGUUUAUCUAGGGGGAUCUAAAGAGCUUAAGGGAAGGAAAGCUAGACUACGUGAAAAAUAUGGAUUACCACCAGUGACUGAAGAUACACUUGAAAUAAUAAAAAGUAUGCGCUCAAGCUCACCACCACCUAAUGCCACAGAUAUGUUAGAAAAUCAAAACCCUGGUCAAAGAAAACUAAAAGAAAAUGAAAGAGCUCUCCGUAGACAAACUUUUAUGAAACAAACUUCUUUGGAUGAAUCAGACGAACAAAUAUUUGUUGACAAGGAAGAAACUGGAAAUGGAUCUGAAGAUUACUCAAUGGAGUUUCAAUCAAUGUCUGCAGAUAGCAUUCAAAAUGCUAAUGCAAACCAAAAUUGCCCCUAUUACAUGUAUAUAAAGCGCUUUGAUAGUCCACCACCGCCCCCUCCACUACCAAGGAGUUUGCCUUGGAAAUCAAAAGUUCGCCAAAAAGAUAUUGAUUUGUUUCUGGAUAAUGUUAGGAUAAAAUUUGUUGGCUAUUCUCUUCCUGGAGAUAGGCAAACGAUAGCAGGCUUGCCACAGCCCAUUCAUGAAGGUAUUGAAAUAUUAAAAAAACAUAUGUAUACAAGCCUUGCUGAAGUUCAAAUAGAAAGAGAGCUAGAAAUAGCUAGAAGUCCUUUGACAAAAGGUGAAAAGGAAGUGGAGGAAACUGAGGCAGAGAUUCUGUACAAGGCCAUGCAACAAGAUCUUUCACAAUACACAAUUGCUCUUUUAAAGAUACUCCUGGCAGCCACACCAACUUCCACUGCAAAAACAUACUCAAUGAAUAUAAUGGCUGAUGUUUUACCUGAAGAAAUGCCGAUGACAGUCCUUCAAUCACUAAAACUAGGCAUUGACGUAAAUAGACAUAAAGAAAUCAUUGUGAAAGCUGUCACAGCUAUAUUGUUAUUGCUAUUGAAACAUUUUAAGUUAAAUCAUGUUUAUCAGUUUGAAUAUAUGUCUAAUCAUUUAGUAAUAGCUAAUUGCAUGCCCCUUGUAUUGAAGUUUUUCAAUCAGAAUAUAUUAGCUCAUAUAGGAGCAAAGAAUACAAUACCAAUAUUUGAUUUUCCUGCAUGUGUUAUAGGUGAGCAACCUGAACUAACAAAGGAAUGCUUGGACAUUGGGGACUCAUCUGUCCCUUAUUCUUGGAGGAACGUAUUUUCCAGUAUAAAUUUAUUGAGAAUUCUAAAUAAAUUAACAAAAUGGAAAAAUGCAAGAAUUAUGAUGCUUGUUGUCUUUAAAAGUGCACCAAUACUCAAACGUAUAUUAAAAGUGAGACAUGCGUUGAUGCAAUUUUAUGUGUUAAAACUUUUAAAAAUGCAAACUAAGUACUUAGGGAGGCAAUGGAGAAAAACAAAUAUGAAAAUUAUUAGUGCUAUAUACUCCAAAGUAAGACAUAGACUGAAUGAUGAUUGGGCUUUUGGAAAUGAAGUCGAUGCCCGGCCAUGGGAUUUUCAAGAUGAAGAAUGUGCUCUGAGAGUCUGUGUAGAGAGGUUUAACAGAAGGAGAUAUGGAUCGGGUGAUGAUCUAGAAAGUGAGUUGGUGCCAGUUGACACAGACCUUAACAGUGUUCUAGAUACAAACUUAGAGCUUGACGAGGAGUUCAUGAUUAAUUAUGAAAUAUGGCUAGAACAAGAAGUGUAUAAUAAUCAAAUAAAUUGGGAUGUCCUACUGUCUGCA